CCCAACCAUGGAGUACCUGAUGGAAAAUUAAGCGACAAGCGAUAUUUCACCUGUGAACCAAACUCUAGAACAGUUUCCGUUGCACUGGAUAGAUUAAAGCCUUGGACAGAUUCUGACAUUAGAAACAGAAACAAAGACGUUCGCAGGCACUUCUUAAGAAUUCUGAAACAAAGCCAGCCCGCCGGAGAAGAAAAAGUGAACAAAAUUCAUAAGAAGUGGCACUGAGGUUUGCGCGAUGGAGCAAUCCUUGAGAGAAGACGUGACUGCAAGAGAAAUACUGUACUUACUUUCUAUUCAGCUGUGCAGUCGGCGGAAAUAGGACUGGUAGAAAAUCAGCCGAACACAUCCAUAAAAAGAAAAGAGAAAAAGAACCAAGAAAAGGAGCCUAAACAGAAGGAAGUAGGGGAAGAAAUGUUACGAACAGACUUGAGAGAAAUGGAGCAAGGAUAAGCAGUCAAACGGAAAUAGAAUCAACAGUAAGUGCGUUACUCCGACAGCUCGAGGAAAGGGACCGGCGAGUGACUACUCUUCACAAGCAACUGAGGGAGACGAAUCAACACUGUUCAGAAAGAGAGGAACGAUUAGAAACCUUACAAACAGACUUGAAUAAGAGGUGAAUCAUAAGUUAAAAAAUAAAAUUAUGGAGAAGGAGGCAGGAGAAAUUGAGUUGCAUCAACAGCUCGAAGAAAGGGACCAGCAAAUAGCAAACCUUUAGAUACAACUGCGGAAGCUGGAGCGGCAGCUGGGAGAGAAAGACAAUCGAAAAGAACUUUUACAAAGAGAUCUGAAAGAGAUGGAGCAACAGUUGCAAAACGAAAUGACGCAGAAAGAGUCGAAAGAAAGUUACCUGCAUAAACAGCUGCGAGAAAGAGAUCAGCAAAUAGAGGACAUUCAAGAAAAACUGCGGGAGAUGGGACAACAGUUGCAUUAAAAAAAGGAAGAAGAACGAGAGGAAAUUUUCCAGAUGCAGCUUAAAGAGAUGGAACGACGACUGAAAGAGGAAGAAACUGCGUUUAAAAUACGGCUCAAAGAUAAAGACCAACAAAUAGAGAACUUGUAGAAACAGUUGACAGAGAAAGAAGAACGAAAGCAAAGGUGGAGAGAAAAAAUAGAGGAAACUGAAACGAGAGAAGCAUGGUUUCGUGAACAGCUUAUUGAAAGAACCCAGCAAGUAUUAAACUUUCAAAGAAAGUUGAGUAGAAAGGAGCUGGAGUGUACAGAGAAAGAAGAACGAGAAGAAAAUUUACGAACGCAUCUUGAGGAGUUGCAGCAGCAGUUACGGGAAAAGAAAAUUUACAGAGAUAGGUGUGUUCAAAGUUCAAUGACAAUUUGCAGAGAGAUAAGUAGAAGUGCUGAUUUAAGGCAACAAAUUGCGAUUCUUGAGGACAAAUUGGAGUCACAGCUCCAAGACCGAAAUAUUUGUUAUUGCUCUGGAUGUGGCUCAAGCUUUAAACUACUUUUACCAAAAGUAGUUUACCAUGCCAAGAGUAAAUUCUGUUCAAAUACAGAGUAGAAGUUACUUAAGACAUUGCAUAUUGGGGAAGAUGCUGUUCCAAGGGGUCAGAUCUGCUGUUAACUCCUCAUUUAACCUUGUAGUUGUCGCAAAUUGUAUUUUGGUGAAACACCAUGGAAGAUGCAUUUCAGUUCUGGCUCAACUUUUCAUCAAAUGCCCAGCGAAAUAACCCCCAGCAUUUUGUCACUCAUUCAAACGAGACUCUGUUGCAUUUGGAAUGCUGUAAUAAUAGCGGACUGUGUAUUGAGGGUAGCCCUAGAAAAAAUAAUCUGCGAUCACACGCCCCUUCUAUCUGUCUAAUACCCCAUUCACACCAGCAAAACAUGUUUUGUUAAACUGGUUUUCAUUGAAUGAAAAUUAUAAACAGAGAACUGAAAAACUUGAUUUUCCAUUGGAUUCAAGUACUUGCUAACUUGCAUUUCCAAUGUGCUACAUUCAAGUCAAAAAUAUUCGGUUAAAUAGUUUCUAUGAAGAAAAAAAAAAUUAAACUGUGUUUAACAAAACAACUUUUAAACAUGUUUAAGCUUUGGUGUGAAUGGGGCAUAAGACUAACAUGACUACAAUCUUGAGGUAAGAGGCUCUCAAUGGGGUCAACUAUUAGCCGUAAAACGGCAUAAAUUUGUUAAGCCUUUAUACGUAAACUUGACAAAAUUUAACAGUUAGACGUAAAAACAGUGAACUUAAAAAAUUUUCCUCGUAACCUCAAACGGAAAAAAAUGAACUGUUAGCCGUAAAAUGUCCAUAAUUUUAACCGUUCACGGUGAAAGCCAACACCCCUAUAAGAGCCUCAGUGAAGAGCCGUGAACUUUUUUUAGAACCGCUUCAAAUAACUUUGUUCGUAAAUACGUUCGCUCCCACAAGAUGUCGUACAUUGAUCCAAAAAACAAAACAAAACGAAAGGGAAAUCAUCUUCCUAUGCGCAUUCAGAACUCUCGACCCAACGGUCACCGCAAAUACACUUCCUUCCCCUUGGGACAAAAAGUAUUGCGUGACAAUAGCUUACGUUGGGUUAAUAGACUACUAAAAUUCCGAAUGCCUGAACCUGGCGAUAUAAUUCAAAGUAUAUUUUGCGUAGAAAAUACUUCGCCUUGCAAAGUAAUGUAGAUUUAUUUGUGACAAUUGGCAGUUUUAUCUUCCAUUCUCUCCGUUGAAUAAUGAGUGACUUUUUUUAGAAAGUCUAGAAUGAACAGGUAGCGGCCAGCCGUCACAAAUGACUUCACAUUCACCCAACAGAUUACCUUGGUACUUUGCUGCGUUUCAUUUUGAAGGUAGGGUGUUUUAGUCAUGCAUUGAAUGUUUUCAAACUAAAUGGUUUUCAGCUGCGAAAGUAACACACCGAACUGUUCAAAUGAAUAGCUGAACUUAAAUGACUACCCUACAUCGAAAGCAGCUUGGAAUAGCUUGGAAGAACACAAAGGGUUUAUAUUUCCGCCAUUGGAUCGUUUUGGAUGGCUUAACCUUACUCUUUUUGUUGUGGUAGCAACUCCACAUGUCAAGCAAAUAUACUGGAAAGCCUUCGAGUUCCACUCAGUGACUGCAUGAGGUGAUUUGAAUGUAAUAUCCGUUGAUAUAACAUUUGGCAGUCAAAUUCAAACGAUUUAUUCGGCUGGCGUGUGAAGGAACUAAAUGAGUGCAAGACUGUGUUUGCUUCGCGAGUGUAUUAUGAUAUAAUAUGACGCUUACAUGUUGCGCAUUACAACCUCACCUCUCAAUAAACGAUGAUCAUUGUAAUGUUUGCCUGGAUAGCACAAUACUGGGGAUCUGAGAGUACAUGGUGGUUCAAUAAGUUAUUUAUGUUAUGCAUUACAAUAAAAAUACUAAGAACUAAAGCUAUAUGAUAAGGAAAGAUUCCUUUAGUAUAGAGAUCAGAAAAUUCUUCUAAAAGGAAAAUCAGUCUUAAAAUAAUUGAGAAGGAAACCGUUAUUUCACCUGUUUCUUGAAAUUUGAUGAGGCAGCUAAGCUUCUACCAUAUGUUUAAGUCUUAUAAUGAUCUGGCAGCACACACAACAAAAAUAAAAGGCCUAGUCCAUUUCAUGGGAAAGUAGAAGUAAAAAUAUCUCUUCUAGGUUGAUGCCCUUAGUUUUUUAGCCAUGCUUUGACUAGACAUUUAGCACAAGACCAUGACUAUCAUUGAUACUAUGAUAGUGGAAACUGGAAACAAGUCCUUGGAAAUCCAAAGGGGAAACCUUAGACAUGGUUGGGUAUCUCACUUGUUGACUUGGUGGAAGGGAUGAGUCCAGGAAGGUAAAACUGUUGCUUGAGGGAUGGAGAUUUAAUAUUACUGAUUGAAUAAAACUGAAACUCAAAUAUAGGACCUUGUAAGACUACAUGUACAGCCAUUUUCUGUAAAAUCAUAAUUGUUUAAUUCCCAUGUAAGUUUUGCUUUUGGGCAGUCUUAAGUCUAAAGGCCAUGAUGGGUUCAUGGUUAGGUGUAAAACAAUUUUCCCACAAAUCAGAGGCUAAUUUACUUUGUGCUUGAUGGAAUUAAUUCUAAGUGUUCUUAUUUUUUGUACAUUAGAAUACAAUUAGAAUUUUCAUAUUGAUGCUUCUGGUAGUAAAUUUGGAUUUUUUUUCUUCUUUUCUUGUUAAUAAGAAAAUGGGAACCAGUGAAGAAGGAACCAAAUUUCAGUGCAAGGUCUGACCAAUAUUUUUCAGUUGCAACUUUUACUGAUUUUGCAAAUUUAUGAGUCAAAUUCCCCCUUUUCCUUCAGUUAAUUUUUUAAAAUUGUUUUAACACUGUUUUGCUUACUUUUAAUUCAAAGCUUGUAGGGAUAACAGAUGUCGCUAGCCCAGAGGGUGGGGAGAUGUGUGCUGAGGCUUUAAGGAAAUUAAAGGUGCAGUGUACCUGUUCAUGAGUCAUGUUAGUUCAUGAACUUGAAUCAAAGCUCAAAUUUAUUUUUUGUCAUAAUGGCAAUUAUAAGUUGUGUUAUAUUUCUAAAACAUGACAAUUAUAGGCUGUGUUAUUCCUUGAACAUGCCACCAUAAAACUGCCUGAAUUGCAUUAUUAUAACCUACCAGUAAGUACUAAAAACUUCUCAGUGUACUUACCACAGGCAAGUCUGCCAAUAUGACAAAUUGUUACUGCCUAUAGUUGAUCAUGAAAGCUUGUCAUAAACUGCCCUUCAUUCAGCCCAAUCUGGCACCUGGCCCCUUCUCUAUUGCCUUGCCCCAAUGCACAGCAAUGUCUUUUCACUUAUCCUUCUGGUAACAUAAUAAUCCUCUCAGUCCUGGAAUUAUUAUUAUUAUUAUUAUUAUUAUUAUUAUUAUUAUUAUUAUUAUUGUUAUUUAUACUAGGCUCAGGCGAAGAAAAAGGGGCAACACAAAGAGAGGGUGACACUGACUAUAAGUUUGGAAGGUAUCAGGAUAGAAGAUGAGACUACUCGAGUAAGUAUGCAAAUAAGUCAAAUAUUAUUUAACCACCAUGAUGUGAUUGCCAGAGACACAGUGACAUAUAAGCUGCACCUAUGAGUGUGUAACUCGAAUUUUGGAAAAAAGAUUUUUUUCAAAAGAUUGGGGAAUCAAAAUGCCAAGUAAAACUAUGCAGUGUAUUUCUAUCUCUACAUCUUAUCCAAUAUAUUUUUUUUAAUCAAAAAAAUAUGAAAUAAGUUAACUCUUAAAUCUCAUCCAAAUAUUGCUUUCACUUUUUCCAUCUAAUUACCAAAGAGAAUUUUCAAGGGGCAGUGUAUGGUUCAAAUGUUUUGUUACAUUUUACAUUAUGUUUUCUUUACCCACUGACUUAUCCAUUUACUUAUUUAUAUUUUCAUUUAUCCACUCAAGUCAAAAAUAGCUUGAGAGUACUGAACAAAGGAAGGGCUGAACAGCAGAAGGGAAAGAUACGAUUAAAUCUCCAGGUGCCCCUUCCAUCUCAGUACAUUUUGUUGUGUUUUUAUAGGUUUUACUGAUGUAUUUUUUUUUAGGAAGUGCAGCAUAUGCAUCCUGUCAAGAGAAUAUCAUUUGUCACUCCUGACCCAGAUGAUAAGAAAAUAUUUGGUUAUGUUUGCAGUCAGCCUGAUUGUUCCACUGGAUAUACAUUCUAUGCUCUGAAGUCAGAAAAUGUAAGAAAUUAAAGAAAUUAUUUGCUUUGUUGACUGAAUUACAGGAAAUGCAUGGGCUAAUUGUAGGAGACAUGAUGCAUGGUCUUGGUUUGAGACAUGUCUUUUCACCAUGUUUUGUUGUGAAUGGGAUCUGAUGUCUCACUCUCCCAAUGCCUCUCUCUGCUGAGGAACAUAUGGAGGUAUUAGAAAACUGCUAAAGAAUUAACUUAGCUGACAAAUUGCUGCACUGGGACAACUAUUAUGGCCCAGGAUUCAACUAGGUAAGGAUGCAUGCAGUAUCCCUGGUUAUGUCAUAUGCUCAUGAAAGUGGAAUGAGCAUCUGGAUCAAGCUCCAGCAGCAAGGGUCAUGGGCUUGACAGUAGACUUACCUCAUAACCAGUAACUAAUAGUUGGUUUCAGUUAUACAUAUGUCAUCACCCUUUAUAUGGAAAAGGUAUCCAAGUCUUUUACUGUUCAAAGAGAUACGCAGGGGAAUGUAUUUCAUAUCUAAUUAUGACAAUACAAAUGGAGAUGCAAAUUAAUUCUGAGUCAUCUAAAAAUUAAUUGAUCUCCUUUUCCCACAUUCUCUUUUCUGUAUGACAGUCAAAUUCAAUUUUUCAAUAAUUCAAGGGAAUUUCUUAGUCAGCCAAAAAAUUUUCAAAUAUUGAGCUACCCAAAAAUUCCUGUUUCAGUUAAUUUAUUGUAUAUGCUUUUGUGCCUCUCUGAGAGUGGCAUUUCCUGCUGAAAAGAAACCAUUGAGGAGAAAAAUUUUUGUCAGGGAACUAUGCAAAUUGUUCAAGAGGAAAAUACUUUAAAUCUACUUUACAAUAGUGCACUUUGAUUUGAAGGCUUGCAAGACUUCUCGGCUGCAAAUUUUUAGCUUCAAAUUCACUCAUGCAAAUAAAAAUUUUCAUAACAUUUAAUCUUAAAUAUUGCUCAUUAAGCACUUGCAAUUAUUAAUUAUUCUAAGCAUGUGUUAUUUUUUCUUUCAGGCAAAGGUCAUAAUUGAUGCCAUUAUUGAACUUUUUGAGGUAUCAGUAACUCUUAGACAAAGGGCUGGAUCAGCAAAGGAGCAGGUCACCAGAAAUUCAUCAAAUGGUACUGACUGCAGAACCAUUGAUUUUGUUGAAUGAUUAUAACUACUGUAAAAGACUGUUCCACAAAAAUAAGUAUUUUAAAAUAACUCGUAUGUACUGGUCCCAUAUUUCAAUUCUUAUUUUAAAGUUACCAUGUUAUAUGCUAUAUUGCAUGAUGUUUUAAUGGUGUGUUCAUGAGAAAGUAAGUUUGUCACUGACUGACAAUGACUGAUAAGUUGAGGGAAUUUUACUCUUCCAACGAUCUUACUGAUCGUCACAUUCUCUUUUGAAGAAUGAGGUGAUUCUUAGGCAAGUACCCUACUCGACUAGCUCGUCCGUAUCAUAAUCAUUAGCAGUUUGGAGUCAUUUUUUUCCAAUGAAGAAGUCCACUCUCUUCUACUUUUUCAGUCCACUCUCUUUAGUUUGUAACACGAACUAAAUGUGCGAGAGAUUCCUGUUAUCUCACUGUCGUAAACUGUACCUUUUCGUAGAGGAAAGUACGCCUGAUAAACAACACAUGUCUCUACUAUGUGGAACUUUUUGAAAAAUGGUAAAAUAGUGAGCAGCAAUGCACGAGCUGAAAUAGGAAUAACUUGCUUCUUCUUGUAAUUUGCACUGCUAUUACAUGAAAAAUGCAUCCGUUUUCAGCCAAUCAGAUGCGCUCAAUUUUUUCAUGUAUAUCAUUAUUAUUAAGGGUAUUAGCUCAAUUUGAAGACAACUUCUGUUAGGUUCGGUCAUAGUCUUGUAUUCAGACCUCUCACGGCCAAGCAGUUGAGUGGUCCCUACAUUUUAGUCACAGUUAAACGGUAGGAUCUAGGUACGAGGUUAGUUCGGUCAGUCUUUGGAAUCUCUAAUCGUGGCUAGUAGUAACUGCUUGGCACUUACGUUAACAAAGAUAGAGGUCAUUUGCGUGCAACCGAGGAUCUUCUUUCACUGAGCACGAGAAUGUCUCAAGUGGGUGAGCUGUAGUGAAUUCGGUACAUUUCUUGACUCCCGGAAGUAAAAGAAACUGUCGUUUUUUUUUCGCUAGAGAACCGGACCGAGCUACAGGAAAUGAGAACUCGUUUAUCCAACUUACAGGCACAGCUCAGGCAAAAAGAUGACCAGUUGCGAGAGAAGGAAAGGAUUAAUGUAAACCUCCAAACUCGCUUGAAUACAAAAAAUCAACAACUGGAAGAGAAAAUUAGACAGGAAGAGAAUUUAUACCAAAAACUGCGAGCAAUGGAAGAGCAGAUUUCACAAUCUCAAACACAACUAAGGGAGAAAGAGUCGGAAAAGGCCAACCUGUUAAAGGAAAGAGAUCGCCAAAACGGAAACCUGCGUGCAAUGCAUCAGCUGAAGACCAAAAUGCAAGAGCAGCUGGAGAGAAAAGAGCAAAAAUUAGUUGAAUCGGAAUUGCGAUUAAGGGAAAUGAAUUCGCAACAGAGAGAUCUUCAAGUUCAGAUCAGAGAGAAAGACAGAGCAACUGUUGCUUUGCAAGAACGAUUAGGAAUUACGGUACAACAAGUUGGCGAGCUAGAAGAACAGCUGACAAGAAAAGACCGGGAAAAAAAUGAACUAGAAAGAAGCCUUUCAACAGCUCAGCAGAUAUUACGUGAUAAUCAGGCUCAAAGAUCACCAGACUGGGUUAUUCCACGUAAUCAAAUUCAGCUGACGACCAAAUCCCUCGGUAGAGGUGCUUGGGGAGAGGUUGUCCAAGGAAGGUUCUGUGGUUGUGUCGUUGCCGUGAAAACGAUACAUGAUUUGAUUCUUUCUCCUCACAACCGCAGGUUGUUUGAACGAGAAAUGGACAUUGCCUCGAGAUGUCGACACCCUUGUUUACUGCAAUUCAUUGGAGCAACAAACGACGACCACACACCUUUGUUUCUUACAGAGGUCAUGGAAACAAGCUUGCGAGCACUGUUACAGGAAAGAUCACUUUCUCAGACAGAAAUCACCGUUAUUGCUCUGGAUGUGGCUCGAGGACUAAACUACCUUCACCAAAAACGCCCCAUCCCUAUUCUUCACCGUGACAUCAGCAGUGCAAAUGUGUUGCUCUGGAGACAAGGUACUCAAUGGCGAGCUAAAGUGUCAGAUUAUGGCACUGCUAAUUUCAAGAAACAGACCAUGACGGUUGCACCUGGGGCUCUAAUCUACAGUGCACCUGAAGCACGCGCUACAAAUCAAACAGUCCAGGUUUGCUCAGAUUGAUGAUCUAACGGCACUUUUUUGACUCGAUGAGAUUAUUCGUGCUUUUUGAUUCCAAUUUAUUUUAUGUGUUAUACCUUUAGACAUCGUAACAUUUUGAUGGAGAGUAAUAUAAAAGCCUCCUUUCUCUGUAAUUGGGCAUUUUCUUCACGGGUAGUUCUCUUCUUUACGAUGGCCGCCUUUUUUACCUCAGUUUUGGAACUAAAUCUUUCCAAACUUGAACCACCAGUCGAAAAAAUUGCUUUCCUCAUAUAGAAAUGGUGCUCUUAUAUGUAAAUGACAGUUUGCAAAAGUAAGAAUUUGAAAAGUAAGACGUGUCUCAUGAUCACUAAUUCAUAGUUUGCUCAAUAAUGGGCAAUUGCCCUCGCUGUGAAAAGCACUGAACAGUGACGAUUAUUGGCAUGAACCUUUUUCACCUCAUUAGAAGCUCAAAGACUCUUUAGAGUGAGAGAGGAAACAAUAUUUGAAUGUUGUUUCCUCUCUCACCUUAAAGUGCAGGAAGGGAUUUCUUAGGAAAAGGCUAAAAUCGAAUCAUUUCUGUAACUGCAUUCGCCGUUAAAAGCGUUGGUUUAAUAAGAUUCCCAUGCCGCAAGAGUUACUUUCUUAAUAUUCCGCCUAUUCAGGGCAUUUUCCCACAAUAGCCUAAAAGCAUGCACGGUGUUGCAUCUCUCUGUGCUGUCAUUUAUUUCUUCAUUUUCUGUGGUCAGGUUGAUGUCUACAGUUUUGGUGUACUUCUUUGUGAGAUUUCCAUCCGUGAAUUACCAGACCCUGAAAGACGAGAACAACAAGUAGCAAUGGUGGCAAACAAUGUGCUUCGAGCUCUUAUCAGAGGAUGUUUGGAAACAGACCCUCAGGCCAGACCAACUAUGGAAGAAAUAAUUGAUGAAAUAGAACCGGAAGCGCAGGGCACCUUUUGA